UCCUUAAUACUUAUUUAUCUGGCAGAUCCCACCUUGACUGUACUCACAUCAGGACCCUACAGUCUUAUAUUUUCUUCGUUUAUACCCUUCUAUUUUGACAUUCCGGUUACAACAAGGUUUCGAGUGUUUAGCCUCCACUUUUCCGACAAGACUUUUAUUUAUUUAGCUGGUCUUCAGCUUCUUCUGUCAUCCUGGAAAAAAUCUAUGGUACCUGGGAUCUGUGGUAUUCUUGCAGGUUCCCUUUAUCGCUUAAAUGUUCUUCACGUCCGCAGGAUUAAGUUUCCCGAAUUUAUAACCUCAUUCUUUUCUCGACUUUCUUGGCCAUUCACGGGGAGUACAUCUCCCGCUGCACCAGCCAGGAAUAUCCUGGGAAGUACACCAUUCCAUGCAGGUCGCCAAGUGGAGGCAAGUACAAAGUUAAUUUCUAGCAUUGUCAUAUGCAUUCAUAUGUAAUUAGUAUUAAAAUUU